CUCACCAUCAUCUUACUUUUCCUUAUAUUCAGCGGCAAUAUCACGGCUUUGGCAACAACGAGGCGUGAAGUAUUCGCAUUCUCCCGAGACAAGGGGUUUCCAUUCUCAGGAUGGCUUCGCGAGAUGGAGAAAAAGCGACAUAUUCCUUUCAAUGCGGUUUAUGCAACGUCGUUCUGGGCUGCAGUGCUCUGUUUGAUCAAUCUGGGCUCGACGACGGCCUUUAACAUUAUCAUUUCCCUCACCCUGUUGUCCUUACUCUCGACUUGCCUCUACCACCAGCGCGUUGGAGUCUCGGCAGAUUUGGAUUAUCCAUGAAUUUUUUGGCCUUCGGUUACUGUGGCUUUGCCAUUGUGUUCAGCUGUUUCCCAACCAGUCUUCCUGUGGACACAAGCACAGCCAACUGGGCUCCAGCUGUUUGGGUGGGAGUGAUUCUCCUCAGCGUUAUAACGUACCUAUUGCAUGGUAAGAAGCAGCUCACCGCACCGGUUUUGUUGGUAGCAGGUAUGAGAGUCGGAGGUAUACAAGAGGCU